AUGGAAGCUGCAGGAGUAGCUAGAUGCACGCACCGAUUCGAAAACUUCGAUGUCGAAUUUCUGGUUCUCGUCGUUCCGCAGGAGAUAUGCGGUCACCAGGCCAGCCAUGCCGGUGCCGACGAUGGCCACGGAGAUGCGCGAUCCAUCGCUGUUACUGCCAGCCCUUUGAUUAUUGGGGAUUUCGCCUUCCAACAUGUGGAAGUAUCUGGCGAUGGCGAGUAA